GAAUAAUAACAUUCUCAUGAAAACAAGAGAAGAAGAAACAGGACAAACAUGGCAGCCUACAUGAGAAGCGUGAUGCUUCUCUUCUCUAUGGAGAGAAAUACUCUCCUUACAAGGGGGAGUGGGAUUAUUGUGGAACCAAAGCGGUAUGUCCGCGGACUCAGGAGGAGACCCGUUUCAGUGAUUUAUCCUGACGACGAGAAGGACAAAGUCAUCAAGCCACCACAGAAGACCAAACCAGCAGAGCAAAACAUGAAGAGAGAGAAGGAGGCUAAAGUCACGGCUCAAACAAGACAACUCCAAGACAGAGACCUUGUUAAGACGAGGAGUAAUGUGCAGUCUAGUACAAAACAAUCCCAUGGUGCUGUGUCAAACGAUCAAAUGGAUGAACUGCGCUUUGAGAGGGCUUUGCCUGGAGAUCGGAGACUGGCGAGGGUCGUCAGUGUUGCUCGUUCCAGGACGUUUCGGGAGCACCAGGGCAAAAUCCUCCUGGAGGGCCGGCGUUUGAUCUGUGAUGCCCUGGAUGCUGGUGCCAACCCACAGAUGGUGUUCUUUAGUUCAAUUGAUCGCCUCAGAGAACUUCCUGUAGACAAGCUAAAAAGAGCCACACUGGUCAAAGUCAAGUUUGAGGACAUCAAGAUCUGGUCAGACCUCGUGGCCCCACAAGGCGUGAUCGCCAUAUUUUCUCGCCCAGACCCGUCACGGUUGAACUUUGCAAACAAAAGCCACUCUGUGCCGCUGUCCUUGAUAUGUGACAAUAUCCGAGACCCUGGCAACCUUGGGACUAUACUGCGAUGUGCUGCUGCUGCUGGCUGCCAUGAUGUCCUUCUCACUAAAGGUUGUGCUGAUGCUUGGGAGCCUAAAGUUCUACGUGCAGCAAUGGGCUCCCAUUUCCGCUUUCCCAUCUACCCCAACAUGAGCUGGGAUGAUGUUGAAAACCACCUCCCUAAGCCUGUGACGGUUCAUGUGGCUGACAGCAGCUGUGGAACCAACAGUAGAGGAGAAACAGAAGAAUCUGAAGUACAGCUGUCCCACAAGCCCUCCAAGGCCAGAGACUACGGAUGGGUCAGCACAAGGGCUAGUCAAAACAAAACGCGCUAUGAGGAGUACGACUCAGAUUCUGACUCAGAUACUGAGUUCGAGGGACUUUCUCUUCCAAGAGUGGACGCUAAGUUGUACCAUGAGAGCUGGGCUCAGGGACCCACGGCUCUGGUGAUUGGUGGAGAGACAAAGGGUCUGAGUAUUGAAGCAGUCCAGCUGGCAGAGAAAACAGCGGGUCACAGACUCUUUAUUCCGGUCGUUCCUGAUGUGGACAGUUUGAAUUCAGCCAUGGCCGCCAGUGUCCUUUUGUUUGAAGGCAGGAAGCAGCUUUUAAAAAUAAUACAGACAGCUGGAAGGAAAUGGGAAUCCAAAGCUAAGCGGCAGAAUUCAUGAUGUUAGCUUUGUGUUAUCAUUAUGUUCAUUUUUCCUUGUUACUACAGACUGUGAAAAAUAAUGAAAAUGUCCAUUCUACAUCCUGUUCCUCUGACAAUAAAACACUGCAGCUCUGAAA